GUAUUGUUUCGCCGAUAAAAGAUGGCGACCGGACCCGCGUAAAUUGGAGAUCUCAUAGAGGUCAUUAUCCUGCCUUUUUGUUGUCAGUGACAUCCUGUGACAAGUAAACGUGUUGAAAAAGGAGGAACCAUGGCUUUUGAGGAGAUCAAGAGCAAAGGAGGAAUGGAUGUGGGGAUGGAUGGAGACAGGGGCCUUGUAGCUGGUCGCAGCCAGAGAGAGAAGAGGAGGUCGUACAAGGAUCUGCUAAGAGAAGAGGAGGAGAUUGCUGCUCAGGUCCGAAAGUCUUCUAAGAAACGACCCAAGGAUUCAGAACUGUUCAUGCUGGGAGGGGACUCACACAAAAAGAAGAAAAAAAAUAGCGAUGACUACUAUUACAGAGACCAUGAUGGUUCAGGCCCACCCCCCCACAAGAAAAAGCACAAGUCUGCAGACCGCUCCCCACCUCUGUCUUCCCCGUCAUCUUCCCACCCGACAGAUACAGCGAUGGGCCUCCUGCAGGCCAUCACCUCUCCCCUGGCCACAGGUUCGGACCCCAGCCCCCACUUACACAAAAAACCCUCCUACCCCUCCUUCUCCUCACACUCCUCCAAGGACCGUAAACGUGAGGGCAGCAGUGGCAGUGGAAGCAAAGGGAGCCACUCCUUCUCUCACUCCCGUCCUGUCUCUUCCUCGUCAUCUUCCUCCAAGAAGCACUCUUCCUCCUCAAAGUCAUCUCUGUUCCACGGCGGAGCUCCCAAAGAGGAGCCUUUGACGUUACGCGAGGCCGACGGGCUGAAGAUGAAGCUCAUCAUGUCGCCAGAGAAAGAGGAAGGAGAGACCUUCCCGUUCACGCCACACUCAUCCAAAGGAGGUGCGAAGAAAGAGAAGGAUAGAGACAGGAUGCAGCUCUCCAAGUCACCCAAGAAGAAGCUACAGCAGAAUCGAGAUCCACUGCCUGUAGUGGGCAAAGAGGUGGAGGUGGAAGGUCAUUAUGGAGGUGGAAUGGGAGAUGAUAGUUCUUCAUCUGGGGGUGAGCUGGAGGCGGGAGAGCUAGUUAUAGACGAUUCGUACACACACCUGUCAAAAAAGAAAAAGAAGAGCAAGAAAAGCAAGAAGAAAAAGGACAAGGAGAAAGACAGAGAUAAGGAUAAAAGUGGGAAGGACAAGAAGCACAGCAAAGGAUUUGGAGACUCGUCGAGGGGCCACAGCCACUCCCAUCCCACUGUCACUCAUAGCGCUGUUGGUCCGAUGUACGCCAUGGGCACACCCAUCCCUCCACACCACCAUCAAGGCAGUGAUGGAGUGACAGAGAAGAAGAAGAAGAAAGAGGAGAAAGAUCGGGAGAAGCACGAGAAAGAUAAAGAUAAGCCCAAGAAGAAGAACACAACAGCAUAUCAGGUGUUCUGUAAGGAGUACAGGGUCAACAUAAAUGCAGAACAGCCAGGACUGGUCUUUGGUGAGCUAAGCAAAAAGUUGGCAGAGGUGUGGAAGGCGAUGCCUGAGAAAGACAAACUAGUUUGGAGGCAGAAAGCUCAGUAUCUGCAGCACAAACAGAACAAAGCUGAGGCCACAACAAUCAAACACAAGAGCUCCAGUGAGAGCAAAAGCAAAGUUGUUGCAACAGGAACAGGGAUGGUGUCGCCGAACAGAGCUCCCGCCACUAUGUCUCUGUCCCCUGCACGAGUCCCAGAUGUUGAUCCCAUCGAUGCAGCAGCCCAUCUGCAGCUACUAGGAGAGUCCCUGUCUCUGAUCGGGCAUCGACUACAGGAAACAGAGGGGAUGGUUGCCGUGUCCGGGAGUCUGUCUGUCCUUCUCGACUCCAUCUUGUGCGCUCUGGGGCCGCUGACCUGUCUCACAGCACAGAUACCACAGUUAAAUGGAUGCCCUCGAAACGUCCUGUCAAAUACAUUGGACAACAUCGCCUACAUCAUGCCUGGCCUGUGAGUAAAGGAUGAUAAUCAGUCUGGAGUCGGCAGAUUUGACUGGAUUGGUUCCUGUACAGGAGUGACCCUCGGACUUUAAUUUAAGCCACUGCUUGGCAUCUGAAAACUUGGAUCUUUCUAGUGUCAACAUGUUUUUAAAGUGUAUUUUUUUAAAAACCUCAUUCUCUUAAUUUUCUAAUUGUCAUACUUUUUAAACAAAACAUUUUACUGAACGGGCUAAUCCUUCUUGGCAUGUCAGCUUAGUUUUACUGUUACUGUACAGUGUGUUGUAUGAAUGGGUGUGUGCCUGCAACGAAUGUAAGUGUGCAUCAGUUUCGCUGUUAAGGGGGUGUGGUUGGUCGGUGUCCUGUACACGUCUUGGUAUAUUGGAUUUUUUUACUGAAAUGUACAGGAAUAGUUAAGUUCUCUUUUGCUCAUCAUCAACAUAAGAUAAUGUAUUUAACACCUGCUUAUUUUUUUUUUCUUUUACCAUGUAAAAAGUACUGUCAUGCCUUCAUGUUUUAUAGAUUUGAUAUUUUACUGUGGAUACAGCAUUUACACUUUGACUGUACCGUAGUGAUAGAAAACGCCUUUGGGGUGCAGCCUUGUGUUAAUCAAGAGCUGUUCGAGCAAUUCACUGUCAGAGCUUCAGAUUUAACAAAAUGGCAACAUUAAAAUAAUGAU